AUGAACGCCUCUAUCCGUACUGCAACAGUAGGACAACGCAGUAAAACGAAGAGGCUGAAGCAGUCGGAUAUCAAGACAACGACACAAAAUGUGAUGGCGGACAAAUCAUCCAUCGAGGGGAUUCACAGUGAAGUGCCGUGGCAUUCCAUCCUGACACCACCAACAACACCCCCGGCCGCCAAGUCGCCAUCGCCAUCGCCAUCGCCGUCGCCGUUGCCGACAUCACCACCAAUAGAGGAGCCCGAGAGUUACGACCGGUACCUUGACGGCGCGAGCAUACAACCCGCCGAGCUCCUCUGCGCCAAGCCCCCAGUAUCCACCGGUCCCAACGACUCCAUCCAGAGCUUCACCUUCACCUUCCGCGUGCCGCGCGACUACACCCAGAUCGCGCCGCCGUCACCAUGCAACUCCUACACGCUGCACGCCGAGCUGCUCCGCAGGUCCAGCCCGACGCCGGAGCUCACCGCAGCGCCCAUCUUCGUCUACCUCUGCGGCGGACCGGGAUCGGGCCAGCAGCCGGACCGCCACCGGUUGUUGAACCACUACGUCGUCGCCAACGGCUACCAGAUGCUGCUGCUCGACUACCGCGGCUGCGGGCGGAGCCAGGCCCUGACGGUCGACAGCGUGCUCGCGCGCACCAGCAGGAGUCGCCGCGUGGUUAGCAUCCCCAGCGGCAGCAGCAGCAGCAGCAGCAGCAGCCACGAGGCCGUGCGGGCGUUCCAGGAGGUGCGGCAGGGCAACAUUGUGCGAGACUUUGAGGCCGUCCGCCGCUUCCUCGUCGACUACAUACCGGGCCAGCGCGCCCUCGAGGACCGGUUCGUCCUCCUGGGCCAGAGCUACGGCGGCUGGAUCGCCCUGACCUACGUGGAUCGGUACCCCGGCAGCGUCAGGGCCGUGCUGCUGACGGGCGGGAUGCCGCCGCUCGGCGCGUCGCCGGAGCGCGUGUACGCGAGGCUGUUUGACGAGGUGGCCAGGGCGAACGAGCUCUUUUACGCGCGGUACCCGGACGCCGUCGAGAUGGUGCGGCGGAUCGCGGCCGGGAUCCUGAGGGCGCAGGACAAGCGGGGCACAAAGCGCAGGAGGCUUAGCAAGAGGCGCAGGGUGGAGGAGAGGUACGGCGCAGACGACAACGUGCCGAGCCUGGCGACGUUUGCCAGCAUGGGCCGGCUGCUGGGCGAGCCGGACGGAGCGCGCAAGCUGCACGAGCGCCUGGGGCUGAUCGACAAGCACAUUGCCUCGACGGGCGGCCCGCCCCGGUUCGAGGACAUGGACACGCACCGGUUCAACGACCGGCUGCCGUACGCGUUCGACCACGAGAUCCAGUGCUACGUGUCCAGCGAGGGCCAGACGUCCAACUGGGCGGCCAGGGCGGUGCGGGACGGCAAGGCGGCCUACGACUGGAUCUCGAGCAGCACCGAGGGCGAGCUGGCGGCGGCGGCGGCCUCACCGGACGGGAUGCACUUCCUGGGCGAGGCCUUCAUGCCCGAGCACGCCGACGACUACGCGUCGCUGCGGGCGCUGGGCGGGCGCGCGUUCGCCGACGAGGUGGUCCGGGCGGGCCAGACCGAGACGCUGUUCGACAUGGACCGGCUGCGCGACAACGCGGUGCCCGUCUACGCCGUCAUCUACCGCAAGGACAUGUACGUGGACGCGGACCUGGCGGUGGAGGCGGCGGCCAAGGUCGGGUCCGUCAGCUGCGUCAGGCUGCCCGAGACGUCGGAGCUGAGGCACAAUGCGAUACGGGAGAGCGCGGAUCAGGUGAUUGGCAUAUUUCGGAAUCUCGGGUUUGAUGGGUUCCCGAGGGAUCCAGAGAUUUGA